AUGCAGGACAUACUCACGAACGUGCUCACAAGCGAAGAUAUCGAGGCGGAGAUGCGGCGUCUUCAGAGCGAGCUGGCAGAAGACACCAAGGAACUGAUCCGCAUUCGAACGGAGUAUCAUCAGGCAGAGCAAUGCCUGCAGAAUUGGCAGGGCCGAUUCGCUCUUGCUGAGGGGUUUCAAUCUCACAGCCUAGCCCCAGAAAGAGACCACCGCUUCUUUAUGGCUCCUAUCGGAUCGGUGGUCACGGAUGACGCAGACCCGUCUCUGAUUAAUGUGACACUGCUCGACAGCUUCAAAGGCUCAUGUGCCAACUUGGAGUCCUGGGACAAGGCUUGGGUCAUUGGUCUUGCUAAGCAUAGAUUCUCAUCUAACCAUUUCCCUGCGUCCGAUUUACUAGCUCCUAGUUCAGACAUUGUUUCCGGUCCUGUCGGGACUAUCACUGUGUCAAACGUUGUGUUUAACUACACAGAGCCGUAUAACAACUCUGUACAUAUAUCAAAGUACCUCAUAGACAACGCAAGGACUGCAGGGUGCAGUGCUGUCACGGAAGAUCAGGACCCUUUUACUCUCGGUGUCUCUCCUCAGCUUCCGUGCUAUUUGGAGGCAGCUGGCGAACAAGCCAUUCAGUAUGAGCUUGUCAACCUUCUUGCAGACAUUGUGGCUGUUGACCAGGAGACCGUUAGGCUGACCACCAGUGAGCCUCUUCCACCCGAAUUUGUCCUUCUCGAUCUCAAGGUCUAUCACCCUUACAUUGAGGGCCUUACUAACCUUCUAGAACACGAAAAGCAAUAG